AUGAGAAAUAAUAAAAAUAAUUCUUAUAAAAAUAAAUAUAAAACUGAUUAGAAGAGUACUGGUUUUAAAAAUUAAACUGAGCACAAAUUAAUUGAAACUUAGUCUCAGAAUAAAAUAAAAAAUGAAGAAAUUGAGGAAGAUUAUGAAUAAGAAGAAGAAAGCAAAUAAGAAUACAAUAAAGUGACCGUAGGAUUCAAAAAUAUAGGUAAUACAUGUUAUUUAAAUACUGCUUUGCAAACAAUAAGACAAAUCAGCUGUAUUAGUAGAGACUCUCUUCCUAAUACUGACUUUUGUAAAACUCUCAAACUUUUUAUUUUAAAGCACAAAUUGCAAUCUCAAAACAGAAUAGCUAAACCUAAUGUUUGA